UCACCAUCCAUCUCACUCAGUCAUCCGUUUUGUCCGGUUGAACAUCGCUACCAAGCCGCCUUCCAGCCAUACAUACGUUUUGUCUAGUCGAGCACUACUAUCUAGCCGCUCCCGAACCGUUUAGCCAAGCGAAAUGGCCUCCGUCACUCUUACAUACACGCUGCCCAACUUCAUUCGACAUUUCGUCCACUUUAUCCGUUUCAACAGCCACUCCGAGCAAGCUACUACCGAAGCUGGAGUACCCCUGACAAUAUCGCUGUCCGCUACGCUGCCUCUUCCAUUCGCAACAUUCCGCGACGCAACUCUCAGCGCCUUUUCCUUCGAUGGGAUUACCUUUGAUAGAGUCACAUACCUCCUGUACACAGUUUUCGUUGCCACACCAUGGUCCGCCACUCUCGGGUUCCAUAUCGGGACUAUAUUGGGCGAAUAUUUGGCCGAAAACCUCACCUACUUGCCGGCUUUGAUACAUGGAGCGCCUUCCUUUAUCCUGUUCGCGGUCGGUGUAGAUCUGCCGGGUGCGAUUUGGUACUGGUAUGCGAGGGUGAUGUUGUGGUUCCUAGCGCCACAUUUGCACGAGCCCAUGCAAUUGAAUUUGUAG